AUGCCGCCCACGCCCUUCUCGGUGCGGGACAUCCUCAAGCUGGAGGCUCCCGGCGAUCCCCGAGCGGCGCAGGACGAGCCGCGGCCGCGUGAGUGCCCGCGGGACCCCGCGGGACGGGACGGGACGGGACGGGCGGGGGAAGCGCCGGGGGGACCCCGCGGAGCCGCUCCCGCUCCCCGAGGGCGGCGCUGCGUCCUCGCACCCUCCGGGACAUCGCUGCUCGCCCCGGGCUCCGAGGCCGGCGCGGAGCCGGGGGAGCCCCGGGAGGCGCCGGGGCGGCGGCGGCGGCGGCGGCCGCGCGUUCUGUUCUCGCAGGCGCAGGUGCUGGAGCUGGAGCGGCGCUUCCAGCGGCAGAGAUACCUGUCCGGGCCCGAGCGGGAGCAGCUGGCGCGGCUGCUGCAGCUCAGCCCCGCGCAGGUGAAGAUCUGGUUCCAGAACCGGCGCUACAAGAGCAAGCGGCAGCGGCGGGAGCGGCGCCCGGAGCCGGCGGUGCCCGCGGUGCCCCCGCGCACGGUGCCGGUGCCGGUGCUGGUGCGGGAUGGCGAACCCUGCCCGGGGGGCUCCAGACCCUUCCCGGCUCCCUGGGGAGCUCCCGGCGCUUUUUCCUGCAGCUCCUGCCCCGGGGGCAGCGCUUGGGGCGGGUUCCCCGCGGCGCCACCCGGUGCCAGCCCCGGCGGUGCCCAGCGCCAGCAGCGGGCCGUGCCCGCGGGGAUCGGCAGCGGGAGCCGGGGAUAG